AUUCCAAAUGCCUAUGUUAAGCAAACCAGCGAAGCUGUGCUACUUUAUAAUGGCUCGAAAGAUCACCAUGGUCGCGUACCACAGAGUGAACAAAGAAAAAAUUUGCUUUUCUACAGCCACGGCUAUCAGCUAGUGAUUAAAGCUUCACCUGGAAAUGCGAUCUUUGAAAUUUCAGUCAGUGUCAAAUUAGUAGAAGGAAACGCUGAAGUCGAGAACUUUGAUUUGUCGCAGGUUAGUCGAAUUGACCGCUACGCCCCUUGGGUCAGUUGUCUUCGAGAUCAACUUCCUGACUAUAGAAAAUUCUGUAUUUGCCGUUGA